AUGGCGAGCAAAGACGAGCACAACGACGACGAGAUCCGCGAGCAGGACCGGUUCUUGCCGACGGCCAACAUCUCGCGGAUCAUGAAAGUGUCGCUGCCGUCCACGGCCAAGAUCGCGAAGGACGGCAAGGAGACGGUGCAGGAGUGCGUGAGCGAGUUCAUCUCGUUCAUCACGAGCGAGGCGAGCGACAAGUGCCAGCAAGAGAAGCGCAAGACGAUCAAUGGCGACGACAUUAUCUGGGCGAUGAGCACGCUGGGCUUUGACUCGUACGUGGAGCCGCUGAAACUGUACUUGCAGAAGUAUCGCGAGUCGGUCAAAGUGGAGAAGAACGACAAGAAGGACAACGUCGGGUCCUUUGGCGCGUCUUCUUAG